AUGUCGAGCACCGUUGGGAACAUCAGAGACAAGAUCAAGCGCCGCUUCUCCCACAAGAAUGAGCCUGAGCCAACAAACUUCGAUGACUACGACUCCAACGACGAGCAAGACGAAGAAACAUCAACCUACCUGACCAAAGAGUCCGAAAAGGCCGAGGCCGAGGGCCACGACAGCGGCAAGCCGGGCUCUCUACUCAAUCGCAUGAUCGAGCACGGCAACAAGAAGACCGAGGCCCAGCUCGCUCGAGAGAGUCAGCUUGCUCAACAGGGCAAUACUGGUGCUGGCAACACUGGUGUCGUUGGUGGCGGGCAGCAGCAGCAGACUGUGAUUCGUUAA